AGACAUUGAGGAGACCUGGGGACGUUUUUGAAAAAGGAGGGCAACAGGUGUGGCUACUGAUCUGUCCAGUGCACAUUUCUGGGUGCAGCACAGGUAGAAGCCCCUCAGGGGCUGGAUCAUGGGACAGAGCCUUCGUGUGGAAACCCAGGCUAAGGACCCACAACAACAAAACAAGAAUGGAGAUGAUGAAUCUGAGCAACACCACGGCACAAUGGUGGGAGAGGGGGGCAGCACGGGGGACAGCACCCCAAAGCGCAAGGGCAAGUUCUCUACCCUUGGCAAGAUCUUCAAGCCGUGGAAGUGGCGGAAGAAGAAAAGCAGCGAUAAGUUCCAGGAAACUUCAGAAGAGCUGGAGAGAAAGAUGUCGACGAGGCGUACCCGGCAGGAGCUCAUCGAACAGGGAGUGCUGAAGGAAGUCCCGGACAACGAUGCAGAUACACAGACGCCAAAGCAGCCCUAUGUGAAGAACGGCCACACUCUACCACUGAGCUCUGGGGUGGUAGUGGGAGGAGGAGGAGGUCACUGUGGUGUUAGGAGCCCAUGCAACCAGGGCAAACUUCCUUCAGAGUCCGACUAUAGGAUGAACCCGGCCUGGCUCAACCAGCCAGAUGACCGCAGGGGUCGCUCUCCUUCAGACGGGGAACGUCGGGGCGCUCUGUGCUCCAGAGGCACGGGACAGCAUGAAGACGGGUGGAGAGGGGGAGGGGGAGGGUCACGUGCACAUGUUGAGGGUGAAUGGAAACCUAACAUGAUCUGGCAGGGCCAGAUUCAUGGCCAGAUGGAGGACUGCAGACGUGGGGGGAGACUUCACCCCGAGGAUGGGCAGAAGAGACCCGGGCUGCAGAAGGCCCCAUCAGAGGACUGCAGGAGGAGUCGGCCUGCAGAAGCGGACUGGAAGCCAACACUCCCUCGACAUGCAUCUGCUGAGGAGGGAAGAGCUCGCAGAGAGUCAGAGAGCCAUUUCAUCCCUGACCCAGAAGCCCUGCGGGACACCCUGCGCGAACCUCUGCCACCCAAACAGUCUGUCAUGCCUCCAAAAUGGCUGAUGACCACAACCACCGAGCCUUGCAGCAAAGGUGCAUCUCGCACCCCAUCCAACCACCAUGGGAACCAGUACUCCUCUCCCUCCGCCUCCUCGUCCAAACCUGGGCGGUCCGUCUCCUCUGCUGGUACGUCCACCCAACCGUCUUCAGGAUUAGCCUCCACCUCCACCUCUCAGGGCACCAAGCAGCCACCUCAGCCUCCGCCCAAGCCAAUGAACAGGGGCAACGCUACCAUGCUGGUCUCCGCCCUGCAGGGGGGAGAGAACGCUCAGCUUCCUCUCUACUGGUCCUGCUGGAAGCGAGAAUGCGACUACGAUGUCUACCUGUCCUUACCUGUCUACCUGUGCCGGCGGGCCGGAGGCCUGCGCUCAGGCGACUUCAACCAAGGAGGAACCAGUCUUGUGUCAGCCAAGCCCUCCCCACCCAUGCCUCCUAAGAGGACCACCCCCGUCACCAAACGCAACACAGAGGACGCCUCUGCUGAGCCAUCCCAUCAACCCCUCACCCCUUUCUCUGGAAGACCACAGCAACCUAUCUGUGGGAUUCCAGCUGCCUCCCCCACCUCCCUCUCCUCCCCUGCCAACACACAAGCCACCAUCUCCUCCCCGCCAACACAUACACACCCACCACCUCCACCAUCAGCACUCCUACCCCCAUCCACUACCCAGCCCAUACCCAUGCUGUUUGACCCACCAAGCCCGACCAAUGAAUCUCCUCAGCGCCCGGCCCCUGUCCCGCUGCAUAUAAUGAUCCAGCGAGCCUUGUCCAGUCCCGGCCCUGCUCAGCCACAUCCAGACGGGUCACAGCGAGCUCACACGCUGCUUUUUGAAACACCUCUUGAGUACCAUGGAGACCGUGGACGUCCCCUUCCUGUCAGCAUCCAACCACUGAAACUAUCUGAGGAUGACUAUUCAGAGGAAGAAGAGGAGGAAGAUGACGAGGAGGAGGAGGAGUACGAUGGGGAGAUCCCCCAGCCGGAGCUGGAGCCUCGGAGCCGCAGAUGCUUGGUGGGAGACGCCGGUGUUUGUGUCAUCCCGGGAGGAAACAGCAGUGAGGAGGAGGACGAGGAAGAUGAAGAUGAGGAUGAAGAAGGAGAGAAUGACAUGCAUGGCGAUGACAGCGACUCGGAAGGUCCUGUGCUUUAUAAAGAUGAAGACUCCGAUGAAGAUGAAGAGGAUGAGCCCCCUCCAAGUGCUCUGGCCAGCAGGGUCAGGAGGAAGGACACCUUGGCUCUGAAGCUGAGCAGCCGUCCCUCGGCCCCUGACAGGGACAGGGACAGGUUUACCCAGGAGAGAUGCAUCAGGGACAACCACCCUCCAGGACAGACCGGCCUCACCUGGCAGAGCAGGGAGCAGUGGGAGGCCAUUCGCACACAGAUCGGCAGCGCACUCACAAGGCGACUUAGCCAGAGACCCACUGCGGAAGAGCUGGAGCAAAGAAACAUCCUUCAGCCUAAAAACCAGGCUGACAGACAAGCUGAAGUUAGGGAGAUUAAGCGGCGGCUGACCCGGAAGUUGAGUCAAAGACCCACCGUUGCAGAACUACAGGCAAGAAAAAUCCUGCGGUUCCAUGAGUACGUGGAAGUCACAGAUGCCCAAGACUAUGAUCGGAGAGCGGACAAGCCGUGGACUAAGCUGACUCCUGCUGACAAGGCGGCCAUCCGGAAGGAGCUCAAUGACUAUAAGAGCACUGAAAUGGAGGUUCAUGAAGAGAGCAGAAUCUACACGAGGUUUCAUCGGCCUUAGCCCCCCCCCCCCUCCUCGGAUAAUGAAGCACUUAAAAAAUCUGUGAGGCAAGCAGCUGCUCCAUCUGCAGACCGACCUUUUACGUUUCCAGAAUGUAAUGUAAAGAGUAUCAGGGACAGCCUGCAACUGACUGAAAACCAGAACGCUUCUCGCUUGCCCUCCAUCGCCCUCCCACUACAUUGCUUAUACUAAACUGAGGAGGUGAGGACCAGAUGCAGUAUUUCUCCCCGACGACAAGGAACCGCGUGCCAAUGAAGAGAAGAUGCAGAAGACUCACAGGGCUCACUCUCAGUCUGCUGUUAUGUGGUACCCCCUCAGGGACAUGGAUCUAGUUACAACCUUUAAUGCGGCCUCAUUCUGUGUUGCCUUUUUCCCCCUUCUUUCUGUAAAUGGAAUAGCUAAUUCAUCUUGUUAAUGUGAUAACAUACAAAUAUGAUAGUAAUAAUAAAGAUGAUGGCUUAUAAUACUCACCACAGUAAUAAUCGAUAAGAGACGAAUGGCGAGAGCAGGCUGGAGGAUGAAGACUGGGAUAUUCUGCUUUAGGACUGGACAUCUCUGGGAUAUUGUGUAUGUUUUAUAUAAAUUGUGUACAGACUGCUAUUGUUAUACCUUAGAAUGACAUUUGGAAAGGUCUAAUUAAAAAUAUUGGUCUAAUUAUAAAAGUUCUGUAAUGCACAAGAUAUUUUAUAAUGUAAUUUCGAUCACCUGAGUAGUGACAGAUUUUAUUUGAGCCUUUUUAUAAUUUGGCUUGCCUGUAUUUAUGGUUGUGAUGUGAGGUUGCCAUUUUAAGUGUUAAUUUAGAUAUAGGAAAGUGUGAAGGUAAAGAGGCUGUUUUUUUUUUCAAUGUGCCAACAUACCCAAUGCCUAAAGGACUAGAGGACACUAGUUUUCAUACCACUAAUGCAAACCACAACAUGAGCCAACACAGAUUCCAUUGCCAGAGUAUCUGGGUACUCUCUCUUCAUUUAUACUUUUUUAUGAGUUUUUGUACUUCCCUUUAACGGUCAAACAUGCAAUGCGUUCUGUAGCCAUUUGAAAUAAGGUCAAGCUAGAUAGUUUCAUGCAAGAUGCUUUGAGUGUAGAUCAGGGAACUAUCUAAAAAAAUCAGAAAAUGUCAAAUGAAAUGGUCAAAAGGGAGUCAUUCUGGCUGGAUCCUUUUGAAAUUGCAGAAGUGUUAUAUUGUCUAUUGCUGUGUGGCCAGUAGCUUACAGGGUUCUCCAUGCUGUGUACAGGUUGAUAUAGGUAUAAAUUGAUGCUUGUGUAUAUCUUGUCUUUCUUUCAUUUAAAAAUAAUUUUAAAUAUAAAAUACGAUAGGUUGCUAUUUUUUUAAGCACAAAAUGUUAGUUGAUUAAAUGCUACAAGAAUGAUGGGAAUAUGAAAGUGUACCUUUUCUGUAAAACAAAGUUCAUUUUUAAUUGAAUGUGGAAUUGUAUGGACUGACUUUUCUUUUUAUUUGUAAAUACUCACAUCUGGAGCUAAUUAAACUAAUUACAAUUCCUCAA